GCGGCCAGAGGGCGGAAGCGGGCGCCGGGCGGCGUUCUCACUCCGGCCGGGGAGCCGCCGCCCGGGAAUGGCGCACAGCUCUCGCCCCCGCGCCCCUCUCCCCGCCUGCACCGGCUGCCCGCCGGGGGUGCCCUCCCUCCUCUGCGGGAGCCCAGAAGGGACAAAAGCCAGGAUGGAUGAUCAAGCAUGGUAUUUGAGAACUUCAAAGCUGGCUCUGGCCUUGGCAAUUAUCCGCUCAAAACCAGCAGACAAAAGCAGCAGAGAAUACACAGAGCAUCUUGCAAGGAUGGUGUCUGGGCAGGAAUCAAAGUGGAGAGAAAAAGUCAAAGCCUGGGAAGCUGAAGUUCUGCAAUUACGUCAGAAACUUCUUCUGAGCAGGAUUUGUUCAGGAUCAUUUGAGAGUGGAGGUCCAUCUUCCCAGUUGCAGGCUCAGGAACCUAGAAGUUCUGAAAACACUUGGACUCUGCUGGAAGAUUCUGGGUGCGGUUUAUCAAACGAUCAGAGAACUGAACCUUCAGAGAUGACCGAGCGUCCUGGGGAGAGCUGCAUCUCCACCCCCUUCCCACCGCUGCCCAUUGUGAACAGACCUUGUGCUCCUCUGGAAAAGCCUCUGUCUUCUCACAUGCAGUUCUUGCAACAUCUGCUUGGGCUGAAGACCUUGACCGAGUCAGAGAGUCUGAAAACUGACUUAAGCCACUUUGAAAACGCCUCUUCCACGGUAUCCGAUUCUGUUUUUCAGUUGCUGGAUGGCUUGAUCACUUUUUACCGAGAACCCAAACUUCCUUGUUCAAGCUUUUGGAUCAAAGCUGUGGAAACUUUAGCUAGACUGAUCAAUGAUUGUAACUUAUAUAAUCAUAUUCUUAAAAAGUGUUCCAAGAAGCUGGAAGAAUUUGAGAAGACCCUGCUACAGGUUAUUUUAAGGAACAGCCAUAUCAAUCGGUUUCAGGUGCAGCAUUAUGUCUCUGAGAGUCUGGUAACCCUGGGAAGCUGCAGCUUGUUGAGAAAAUCUAUAAUAUCUCUGCUUCUGUCAGAAGUAAACAGCUUUGCUGAUGAUCUGGGCACCAUCAAUCAGGUGCAAGCCAGUUACGAUGUGACACGCUAUGAAAAUAUUUUCUCUGUGUUCUGGGUUCUGGAACAACUUCUUCGGAAGGAAACCGAAGAAGGCAACGCUUCAAGAAUAGGGCAUGAGGACCAAGAAAUCAAGAAAUUUCUUCAGAAGCAUGAUGAAACUAUUUUGCAACUCUCUGAUGCAUUUCCUUUAUUUACUUUUUAUUUAUGGAGACUGGGCACUCUCUUGAACUCAGUAGAGAUAGGAACUGUUGAAAAUAACUCACUUCCUUAGCAAUUUACCAAAUAUCAGAAGCAUACUAAAGUUGAAUAUAUGAAGAUCUUGUGCUUAACAGAUUUUCAAGAAUAUUUUUAAAUGAGCAUUUUAAAUGCAUCUCUAAAUAUAAUCAAUUCAAUUUAAUAGUCUUAAACUGUGUGUAAAAGAUUAUGAGUCAUAUUUCUAUACUAAAAUCAGCCUACUUUAUCAACAUAGCAUUUAAAAUAAGUGGUUAUAAAUGAGAUUUUUUUUAACUUUUCUUUCUUAAACAGUUUCACUUAUAUAAUUUUCUAUUGUCUCAGAGGGGACUCAUGUAGAAGGAGAAAAGUUUUUAACAUUUGUGAACCUACUGGCCUUUAAUUUCAUAUAAUCAACAUAUUUGUCAAGUCCUUUUGAAAGUACUAAUUAGUUGUUAAAAAUGUUCUGUGUUUGUUUCUCAACAAAUUGUUUUUGAUUCUAUUGAUUAUAUAAAAUA